GCCUCGUCCUUGCUUAUGGCUUUGCUCGAUCAACAGACAACGGCAAGUCUGUGCACGGAUAUGUGUGUGGUACAUUACAAGGAGUAUUGCUGCCACUGCGACGCCUCGAUCAAGGGUGCAACCAAAUACGUAUCAAUACCGUGUCGCAUGACUGCUCUUCCAUCACAAAGUGACAUACACCGGGGGCUGUGGUCAUAAGUCAAAUAUCUUUAAUCUGCGCGUCUAUGAUGCGCUGACCUCCCUGUCCCUGCGGCCCAUGUCAGCUUCUUCCAAACCGACAGAACAUCUUUCCGGCCUUCUUGCAUACAACGCACUCCCGGGUUAUCAGCCCUUUGACUCCAUAAUGUCUGAUGCGAAGUCCAUUGCUGAUGAUAGAGCCAAUUUCUACAACCGCAGUCUGACGAGUCGCGGAUAUGCCCUCGUUGGAGUGGCAUCCUCAAUUAUCUUCAGCUGCUUAUGCAUCAUUGCAGGUACUGUCACGUUGAUCCAUCACGGAAUCUCAGGAGUAACCUUGCUCAACCUGGUGGAAGUUGAGGAGUUUUCUCAAUUGAUGCUGCAGGCGGAGAUAUUGACCCUGAUACUUGACUUAAUCGUCACGUUAUGUACGGAGUCUAUAGGCUUCGUACAUGUCAUCUCAUUGCGGUCUGCGCUAGCCUCAGAAUUUCGACUUCGUUUUAACACCAAUCUGCGCCUUCUGACCGCAGCUCGUGGAUGGUAUCACCCUAACGGUGCCUUGCUUAACGGUAUCUCGGCUAUCCUCCUCAUUAUAUCAUACAGCUCAGCCUCACUCGUCGUAUGUCUAAACAAUGGAGUAAUGUCAACUAUGGCAGACAUAUAUUAUACUGUUGCCAUCGCAGGGUUACCUCUCCUUUGUCUGGGCAUCGCACUCCUUCUUCAGGCCAUGAUCGCAUUGUCAGGGAUGCGGGCUGUCAAUAUCUUGACGUGGAGCUCCUCACCUUUCGACUUGACCGCCGCACUGGUCCAUCAUACGCAAUUGACCGGUUCUACUCUCCGGUGCAUGCGUCGUGUGUCUGACUUAGACACGCAUGCAGGUCCGGCGAGGCCACCAGAGACACAGCCCUCUGCGUGGCACGCUCAUCCUAGCAUUAGGAAAGUUGUUAUUUGCCUUUGGUUCACCGCUGCAGCAUGUGCUGGAUGGGCCGCACUCGUCAUGUAUAUCUGGGACCACUUCGGCGGAUUUUAUUCCCUCCCACUGACCCUACAAACGUGGUCCUUCCUCGUGACGAAGCAGUCCAAUCGCAUCGUAUAUAAUAUGCCAGGUGUUGGUCUUGAAGGGUGGAUUCUGCUCUUUGUCAACAUCGUAGCUGUCCAGGGACCGUUGACGCUUGGGCUCCAUUGCUCGGAACUCAUCGUGAAUGUCAUUCGAGACGAAAGACAGUGGAGAUGCGCUACCAAAAGCAAAGGACUUAGAGCGGUGGCGAACCCGCUGGAGCCAGUUUUCUCUCAUCCGAUUUCUCUCAUACUUCUCAUUGCAAAGCCUUUCCUGCACUGGAUGUUUGGGCUUUCAUUCAUCAUAUCGGACUUAGCCAUGGACGGGUACCUAAUGAAUUUGUCGGUAUACAUGUACACUGCACAGAUCUGGAACUUAUGCAUUGCGCUCUUUAUAUUUGCCUGUUUCUUCACUUUCCUCGCACUGCGCCGACCGCACGGCCCCCAGCCGGCUGCAUACGGCCACGUCCAGACGCUCGCCAAUCUCGUAGACGAGUGGUCGCCUGUGAUGUGGUGGGGACACAAGGAGGAUGGUAUUCCGUAUUGUCAUGCUGGAACAAGCGAUCACCCGCUACCGGAUGUGAAGAUGGACUGCGUUUAUGCUGGUUCCGGUGCUGACGCUUUGCUUCUAAAGGGAAUUUCUUGAUUUCUAUGUUUAAAUAGAGAGCUACGUCACUCGGCCUGGCGAUACAUUGACGGCACAGUGCCAACCACAUCGUGGAACGAGACGUGUUAUUUUUAUACUGUUUACCU